AUGUCUGUCUACGAUAGUAAAGCUAAUUAUCAUCCAGUAUCAACUUUACCUGGUAGUUUACCUAAUGGAUCUUAUCUUUUACCUGGUAAUGGCUAUUACAGUGUCGAAGGGCAUUUACCUCGGCUUCGUUAUGAUACGCAAAAAUUUUUAGACGAUCCAAAAUAUGCUUAUUCACAAAGCUAUCGUAUUGAUGCAAUGCAAUCAUUGCGUAAUGCAAAAAAAGGCACUAGUUUACCUCGAUAUUAUUCAUAUUAUCCUCAUUUCGAAGCAGCACGUGAUCGACAUAUCUUUGUACCAAAACAUUUUCCUAAUGAAAAUCCAUCGUGUUAUGAUCAUAAAGGUUUACAACAUUUCAAAGAACUAGCAUCAAAUUCAGAUUCUUAUGCGCUGCGUAGUGUUAAUACUUUACCACCGGUGGAUUAUGUUAGUAUACCGAAAUCUGAUCAAGCUGAUGAAAUUUAUCGAACUUACCAACCAAAAAUGCCCUACGACAUGAUGGUACUACGUGAUGAACAAACAUAUAAAACGCCAUAUUCAAAAGAUUGUAUGACACGCAGCCAUUCGUAUAUUUCAAGUACGACUCUUGUACCACGCGGACCUUAA